GGGCCCCUCCCUGAUCCCAGCAUGCACCGCAGAGUCGACUCCAUCGUUCGGAUGAUCAGGAAGAUGGCGGCUUCUGGGGAGGAGCCCCAGAUCUUGGUACAAUACUUGGUGUUACGAAAAGAUCUAUCGCAGGCUCCGUUCUCCUGGCCAGCGGGCGCGUUGGUAGCACAAGCCUGUCACGCAGCCACUGCGGCCUUGCAUCUUCACCGUGACCACCCACACACCGCAGCUUACCUCGGGGAACUGGAACGCAUGCGCAAAGUGGUCCUCGAGGCCCCAGAUGAGACCACCUUAAAGGAGUUGGCUGAGACCCUGCAACAGAAGAACAUCGACCACACGCUGUGGCUUGAGCAGCCAGAGAAUAUUGCCACUUGCAUUGCACUCCGGCCCUACCCCAAGGAAGAAGUGAACCAGUAUUUGAAGAAGUUCCGAUUGUUCAAAGGACCGCUGCUGGCAUAGAUGACUGUACCCAACAUUGGAAUGCCUGCACCCCUAAGCUUCAUGUACCCCUUUCAGUGUCAGCUGGUCUUCGCUUCCAGUUAUAAUGACUUCUUGAGAGUCAAACUCAAAUGAUCAAAUUAAAGUUGUCAUUAAUAAGUACUUA